AAAUCCUGUAGGCAGAUAAGAUUCUUGGCCAGGCGAAAGGCAGCCAUGUCACAAGCAAUUUCCACCAUAUCCUGGGUAACGAUUUUAUCAAGAAUUAGAACCUAAACACAUUCUUUAGAUUCUACAAAAUUAAAAUAAUGGCAGCGAAAAUUGGUUUGUCUUCCUCCUAUGUUACUACGAAACUUCAUUGUCUACCGAAACUACCCUCAACUUCAUCGCCCCACUUCCAUUAUUCUCCAAGGAUUUGCAACCAUUCACAUUUCAGAAUUUCUGCUAAAUUAGGCGGAGAAGAUGCAGAAGCAGAAUUAAAGAAAGACGGGAAGAGGAAGUUUAUCACCAAAGAGCAAGAACCAGAACAGUAUUGGCAAACACCAGGAGAAAGAGAAGGUGAAAAUCCAAUGUCGUCUCCACUUCCUUAUUUUUUCAUACUUGGCAUGUCCACCCCAUUUAUCAUUCUAGCCAUUGCGUUCGCCAAUGGCUGGAUAAAAACUCCUAAUUAGAUGAAUAUAUAAAUUAUAAUGCAUACUUUAUCAAAUUCUUCUGAAUUCAUUCUGUAAUCAGUAUACCAUACCAGGCCCUCAGGCAGGCUAUCUAUCACCAGAUUUUAUGUAACUGCCACUGCCAGCUUCUACAUAUAGUUAUAAAUUGGAUGACAUUUUCAAA